UCCUCAGAGUGCUCCGCGUUCCCUCAUAAAUCCAGCCGGGAACGGCGGAUUUAAUCCGCCUGGAAAUGGCGGGAUGGAGCCUAAACCCCCUGGGAUUCAGCCUAAAAAUCUCCCGAAUCCAAUCUGGUGCUUCCCAUGGAUUGGGGCGGUACUUGUGAUGGGCGGGACGGUGACGUCAGUCCCUCUGGCCCCGGCCCCUUCCGGCGCCUCCCGAUCCCGCUCGGCCAUUUCCGCGAGCGCCGCCGCCGGGACCGGUUGUGGGCCGGGACCGGCGCCUGUCCCGGGACUCCUUCGCCACCGGAGCGUCCCCAAGGUGUCCCCGCCGGGUCCCCAAUGAGCCAGCAGAACCAGAAGUUGCUGAAGGCGCUGGUGUCCGUGGUGGCCACCCUGGGCAAGGUGGCGGCCACCGUGACCGGGUCACACAGGGACGUGCGGCAGCGCGUGUCCCCAAAGUUCCUGCCCGCGGCCCUGAGGAGAUUCACCCAGAGCCUCCGUGAGACCCUGGACCACGGCGAUGUCGCCUCCAUGGGCCACCGUGGUGUCCCCUCCCUGGGCCAGGCCUUGGCCGCCCUCUGGGCCACCCCUGGGACCAACUGGGCCGAUGUGAGAGCCGCGGCCACGGCCUGGCAGGAGUUGGUGGCCGCGCUCAGGGAGAGAUGGGACCGGCUGCAGGAGGAGGCAGAUGAGCUGCGCAAGACCUGCUGGGACGCGACCCCCUCCUGGGCCAAGCACCUGUGGUUAAAGGCCACCUUCAGGGAGAGGGGACAACCUGGGGACAACCUGGAGGCCACACCCUGGUGGCUGCCGGUGACCCUGGACAGGGUCGAGGGGGCCUCGGCAGGGGCCACGCACGAUGCUCAGGUGGCAGCGGCCACCAGUGAGGAAGAGGAAGCUACCAGCGAGGCCAUGGAUGAGGCCGUGGUGGCCAGCAGCCGGGCGAGGGUGGCCACCUGGAGGGGACAUUGGGCAGUGGUGGCCCUGGCGCCGCUGAAGCGUUUGGUGGAUGCGUGUGACAAAGCCAUGGAGUUCACCUGGGACAUGCAGACCCAGCUCGAGGAGAUUGAGGACACCCUGAAGUGGCCAGAGCAGAUGUCCCCCAAUAUCCUUGAGGCCUUGGUGGCCGACGUGGCUGAGUUUGAGCGUCUGUGGGAGGGCAGCGCCCGCCUGGCCUCGCAUCACCUGCUGCCGACGCUGUGGGAUAUCCACAACCUCCUCUUGAGUCCCUAUGCUGGCCCAGGUGGCCCCGGUGGCCCGGGUGGCCCCGGCAGCCGCGCAGUGGCCAAGCGGUGCCAAAAAGCCAUCAAGGACAUCCCGAGACUGCUGCAGAGACAGUGAUGUCACCACUGUGAUGUCAUUGGUGCAGUGAUGUCACUGGAGAGACUUGUGGACAGUCGAGUGCCACCAGCUCCUUGAGUGCCUGUGGUGGUUGGACUGGAAAUGGGAUUUCUGGGAUGCUGUGGUCACUACCAUCAGGCCAAUGGGUGCUCAGAUUUUAGGAUCCGCCUCUGAGAAAAACAGGGGUUAAAAACCAGAGC